AUGAGUGAUCCCGACCCGACAUGCACACGUAGCGAGCCCGCUUCAAACGCCACAGACCGGAGUUCUCCCCCAAAGGGCACGUUUCUCAUUCAUUCUAAUAAAACAUUCAGCCUGGGCCGACCGCCGAAAAUCGACAACAGAAUCCUAGGCAGGCAAAGGCGCCGGAGGACCAGCCCUGAAGACCACGCGAUUCUUGAAGCGGAGUACCAAAGAAAUCCGAAGCCGGAUAAGGCCACGAGAUCAAGCAUCGUUAGUAGGGUCACUCUGGGUGAAAAAGAGGUGCAGAUCUGGUUUCAGAACCGCCGGCAAAACGACCGACGAAGGUCUAAGCCUCUUCCACUCCAUGAGCCAACAUCGUCAAGCACAGCUGGUGGUGGCUGCCAAAAGAACUCGUCAGAUGGAAGAAACGCCGCCUUACUGCUCUCCGAAACCAGCAAUGGUACGCAUAGCGACGACGUAAUACAGACAAGAACUGUGACCAGCUCCUUCUCUGACAUCUCGUUGGCGGGCGAAGAAGAGAACCCAUCGUUUCAGGCUACUAGCUCGCAAUCAUCAGAUGGUUCUUCGCACACCGAUAAGUUUGGAAGUAUCGAUGUCAAAGACGAAAGUCCGGCUUUAUCUGGAUCACCAGCACGAAAUACAGAUUCCGUGCCAGCUCAUUUUUCUGGAGGAAAACGAAAAUGGGACGAAUUUGAUAUCCGUGAAGUAGUAGAAGACAAAUAUGCAAGGAGGUCAUUGCCAUCCAAAUUGGCAACACCACCUUCUCUUCGAAUAUCAUUAUCCUUUGACGGUGAGGCACUGGUUAGAAAAGAUGGCGAGAAGACACCGUCACCACCGAAGCCCCGGGAUUCCGUUCGGAUUUCUUUCUCAGCCGAUGGUGAAGCCGUUGUCAGAACCGCAAACGAACCAUCUCCGGCAAAACAUUUGUCUGUACAGUCACAACAGACUCGAUUCGGAAGUCUCCGGCGCUGCGCUAGUGCAGUAUCCUUUCCCGCAAUGCGAAGCAAAGCUGGUACCAAGGACACGAAGAGAUUCGGGAGGUCUCGUGAUGCCCGUAUGUGGGAGUCAUAUUGCGAUAAUGAUGCACGAACUGCGAUGCCCACUGCAAGGAAUCCAAAAUUGGAAUCGAGCGCACGUUUGAUUGAAAGACUUGAGAAUUCGAAACAAACUGGGGCCAGACAACUGCUGCAGGGCAACGGCUCACAACAAGCUCCGAAGCGAAAGAAAUUGGCCCGAGCAAUGUCGUCUUUGGCUCGACUAGAGACAGGUGGUGUACAGGACCCAGCAGUGAAGAAAGAGGAAUUUGGUGCGUUCUGCCUGAAAAACCAACAUGGUGAUUCAGACAAGGAAAACUGGAUCCCAGGCACACAAAUUUCCAGUGUGCGAAAUAGAUCUUCACAGAAUCAGCCAUCUCGGACUCGCAACUGUCGGGUCCUAGGCCAGUCGAGUAGACAGCUUGAAGCCGGUGGAACUCCCAGCUCUCGUUUCAAGCGAACCAGAACCACCAAGUCGGGCUUGGAGGACUGGACAGAACAGAAUCCAACUACACUUGCUGAAGAUGGGGAGGACGUGUCCAGCUUUGUGGAAGCCGCCGGGUCAAACCCGGAAGAAGACUUCGACUGCGUUCAAGGUCUGUUGUCUCUAAGUCAGGGCGCUUGGCGUUGA